AUGCGGUUCUCCCCUGUCCUCGACGGUAAGAAUCAGCGAGAGAAUCAGCCGCGAAUUGUUGCUGUGUCCAGGCUGUGGAACGGAGCUCGGCUUCAGGCGUCCAUCCUGGUCCGCAGCAGGCCACGCCCCCACUUAAUAUCAUUUUCUGAUUGCAUCACUCAGUUUUAUUUAUUUUGUGUUUUUGAAGGUCUUGAGUGUCUUCUUCUGACAGUGAUGUGUUAUGACAGAUAUGUGGCCAUCUGCAAACCAUUGCAUUAUAACGUGACAAUGAACUUCCAGUUCUGCUGCAUAAUGGUCAUCACGUGUUGGGUUUUAAUUGCGUUAUUAGCAUUGAUUCCUACUAUAACCAUACCGCAAUUAAAAUUUUGUGGUUCCAAUACUGUCAACCACUUUUUCUGUGAUCUUGACCCGAUCCUACAACUGUCUUGCUCUGAUACCACUAUCAUUAUACUUGAAGUGACAUUAUUAAAUUUUGUUUUUGUUUUCAUCCCAUUCUGUACCAUUAUUGUGUCGUAUGUUUAUAUUAUAAUCACCAUUUUUAAAAUCCCAUCUAUUUCCAGCAGACAGAGAGUUUUCUCAACAUGCAGCUCCCACCUAAUUGUUGUUUCUAUCUUUUACGGUACAAUGGUUUGUGUUUACCUAUUACCUCAAAGUGGACCACCACGGAAUACCAAAAUUCUUGCCCUGAUGUACACUGUGGUCACCCCUUUGCUGAAUCCAAUUAUAUACAGCCUAAGGAAUAAGGACUUUAAAAUAGCUGUAGAUAAAAUGAUCAAUCACUGUUUGCAUUGGCUUUUCAGUAAAUAA